AAUAAAUAAAUAAACUAUAAACAAGUACAACUCUCCCAUCACUCUCCUUUCUCUUUCUCCUCCUAGGGACCGUCGUCUCUGUAACUGUAACUGUGCCGGAGUUUACCAUGGACGAGAUGACAAAGGGAGAGGCAGCCAUUGCUUGGGGUUGGCUUUUGGAAGCUUUGGCAGGCUUCAAAGAAGUUGGGGUAUCGCUUUUACAUGAUUUGAUUAAGAUGGCUCCGGAUUUGCCUGAGGAUUUGGAAACGAAAGUAAACGAAAGGGUUGCUUUGAGAUGUUUGGAGGAUUUAUUUUCCCCUGAUGAUGUUCCCGCUCCUCUUCCUUCUACUUCUACUUCUACACACCAUUCAAAAGUCACCUUCGAUUUAUCGGAAAGUUGCGACGAUGUUCUCCAACGCAUCGUGAACGAGACACCAGAAUCUGAUUUGAAAAUGGGUGGCCCUGGGCUGUUGAAAUGGGAUGUUCAGCCCUUUAUCGUGCACAAACGAGCUUCUAUGCCUAAAUGUGCUUUGAGCCAGCUCAAAGAUUCAAUUCUUGACGGUACACAUCCAUAUGCCGAUUUCUUGAUUAAAAAGAGCGGCUUAACAUCUACCAGGGACGGUGGUAAUGAUAGACUUCCUGUCAGUGAUAGUAGUAGGAGUAGAAGGUUCAAUGGGAGCUGCUCUAAUGCUAAAAACUCGAGAGUAGAAGGAAAUGAUGCAAAUGUAUUGCCUUCCAAGAGGGAUAUGAUUGCCUCAAAUUCUGAAAAUUUGGCAGAUGAAGACCAUGGUGGAGUAAAAGGCUCAGAUGAUUCUCGUAGAAAUGUCAAGAAGGUGAAGUUGGAUGCCUCUUAUGUCUCACAGUCUGUUGAACACAACCCGAUUUCUUUGCCUCAAAAAGAACUAUUGGAUGAUUCAUUUGAAAGAGAUACUCCAGUUUUCGAGAGUGAAAGGAGUGUUUUGGCAGAAUAUCGCAUGAGCAUGUUGGAGGAAAGCGAGGUCUUAGAGGAUGAUCAUGAUAAUUAUACUAGCUCAAAGAGGUCUGGACAGAGCACUGAGGUUGCAAUCCAUAAGAGUCAGUUAGAAAUUCCUUGUACUGCUGAAGGCAAAGAGGAUAGUGAGGAUUGUCCUGAACCAACAACAUCAGGUGUUGUUCCUCCAGAUGUAACCCAGCAUAAAGUUUCUGAGCAUGGUUCUCAUGUUAAAGUAGCACAUGCUGCAUCUGCAGAUGGAUCCCAGCAGAAGAUCGUUGCCGAUCGAGCCAAAGAUCCCAUGGAUUGCCAUUGCGAGUCAAGUGAUAGCUAUGGGUUUAAUAAUGAGAAGAUUGAUGUUGCCAUGAAGAAGCAAGAUUUCUUGACCUCUCAAUGCACGUUAAAUCGUGCUUACUCAGACACAAUUGAUUGGACAGAGAAAAAUCUUUGUAAGAAGUGUAAUGAAGGUGGUCAGUUGUUGAUAUGCAGCACCAGUGAUUGCCCUUUGGUAUAUCAUGAAAAGUGUCUUGGUUCUGAGUUCAUUUGCUAUAAGAAAGGUAACUUCUACUGCCCCUUCUGUUUGCAUUCUCUUGCUCUUAAGGAGUACCUAGAAGCUAAGAAAAAAGCUUCUCUCUUAAGGAAAGAUCUAGAUGUAUUUAUGUGUAACGUUUUGGAACAUCGGCCAGCGAAGUUUCUUUGAAGGAAUUUUGAUGAGGAUCUUCUUGAAGAAAGUUAUCAGAAUAUGGUGAAGCACGUGUAAAUGGAGUCGAUGACCUUCAUUUUGAGAAUAUGGUGGUAACCAACAAGUAGCACCACCUGCAUCAUGCAUUGAUGCAUGUCAAUAGAGUUUAGAGACAAAGGGGCUACUGCAUUUUGUACAAAACUAUGGUGAAGCACGUGUGAAAAUGAAUGGGAAAAAAGAAGAAGAAAACAGAGUGGAAACCAGCGUUGUAUAUACAGUUUGAUGAUAUUAUAAAUAUUUGGGAUCGUUCUCUUCUUUUUUC